AUGGCAAUGAACAUUCCAUUUGACCAUUCCAGGCUGGAUUGGGGUGCGCGUGACCUGUAUAGCGAAUUUCAGCGGUUUAAACAACACGUAGAAUUUACGUGUCAGGGCCCUCUCGCCGGGACGGAAAAGAAAGUCCUCGCCUGCUGGGUAGGCAUGUGGAUCGGCCAGGAAGGUAGGGAGAUCUACAAGACACUCGACUGGAAAGAGGGAGAAAAGGAUGACAAUACUAAGAUCCUUAAUAAGUUUGAGGAAUACGUGAGCCCGAAGAAAAACAAAAGGAUCGCACGUUUCAAGGCUCAACAAAGGAAACAAAAGGAAAGUGAGCCGUUUGACUCUUACAUAAAAGACCUGAAAUUACUUGUGAUGGAUUGUGAAUAUACAGAUUCGAGUGACAUUCUAAUUGAUCUCAUAAUAAACGGUGUCAGGCAACCCAAAGUGCAAGAACGAAUGUUAAACAAAGGCAAAGACUUGACUCUCAAUGAUGCCAUUGACAUUGGACAGCAAUUUGAACUCGCACAGACACAACUCAAACUCAUGCGUGGGGAAGAGGUUCUCCAGGUCAAAUCCAAGACCCACAGUCCCAAACUAAAAUUUAAAUCCAAAGCCAAGCCUUGGACCAAAGGGAAACCAUCAGCCAACCAACCAAAUAAAUUCAACUGCACUAGGUGUGGCAAGCUGCAUGAGACGGGCAGUUGUCCUGCUAAGGUUACUACAUGUAGUUACUGUCACCUGCAAGACCAUUGGGCAAAAGUAUGUAGAAAAAGACUUGGGCAGAAAAAAGUGUAUGUGGUACAAGGUACCGAUUCCGAUCACGACACAGAAGACGCACUGCACAUAGACGUAUGUACUGACGUAUGCACCGCAGUAAUCAGUGACAAAUGGGACACAGAGCUAGUGAUCCAGGGUAAAAACAUACAAUUUAAAAUAGACACUGGUGCAAAAUGCAACAUUAUAACCAAAAAUGCACUCAAUGACCGGCCAGUCAAACCUAUACUGGGCAGAUCAGCAAGAACAUUAAAGUCGUUUACCAACCACAUUAAUAAACCAGUUGGAACAGCAGACAUGCAAGUGCGUCACAAAGGAGCCAGGCACCAGAUUCAAUUUGAAGUCGUUGACAUUAACAAUGAAAAUAUUCAAAGUGGAAACACGGCUGAACAAAUAGGCUUAAUACAACGUACUCUAGGAAUUCAAGAAACUCAGGUUCCGCAACCUGAUCAUGAACUAUUUCGCGAGUUUCCCGAACUUGUCAAAACAACAGGUACUUUACCAGGGGAGAAUAGUAUUGAGAUUGACGAAUCAAUCUCAGGAGUUGUACAUCCGGUGCGCAAACUUCCGGCUGCGAUUAAGCCAAAAGCCAUAGAGGCACUACGCGAAAUGGAGCAAAACGAGUAUAUCACGCGAAUGGACGAGCCUACAGAAUGGGUAAGCUCAAUGGUAGUUUCGCUCAGGAAGGACAAAGUCAGGAUUUGCUUGGAUCCUAAAGAUCUUAACAAAGCGGUAAAACGCGCCCAUCACCCUAUGAAAACAGUUGAGGAAGUGGUACAAAACAUUCCAGGCGCAAAAGUGUUUUCAGUGCUCGACGCGAAAUCUGGCUUCCUGCAAAUUAAGCUCGACCAGAAGUCCUCUUACCUAACGACUUUCAACACACCUUUAGGCAGAUUCCGAUGGUUACGUCUACCAUUCGGUAUCAAGUGUGCUCCAGAAAUAUAUCAGAAAAUCAUGGAUCAGAUGAUUACGGGAAUCGAUGGAGCUUUCGCGAUUAUAGAUGACAUACUCAUAGCGGGAAAAGAUGUAACAGAGCAUUACAGAAUACUUAAGGAAGUAGUGUCUAGAGCGACGAGCUACAACCUUAAACUCAAUUUCAAUAAAUGUUUGGUCCGUCAACCGUCCGUUCGGUACAUGGGUCAUCUUGUGACGGAGCAUGGGCUGAUGGCGGAUCAAGACAACGUGUUCGCGAUUGUCAAUAUGCCCGCGCCAACAGACAAAGAAGGAGUCCGAAGACUUCUCGGUCUAGUGCAGUAUCUCGCGAAAUUCAUACCGAACAUGAGUGAAGUUGACACCCCAAUCAGAACGCUACUCAAAAGUGACAUUGAGUUUGAGUGGGGGCAUACACAAGUGAAGAGCUUCGAAAAGCUCAAAAAGCUUUGCAGCUCACCACCGGUACUUGCAUACUAUGACGUCAGCAAAGAAGUUCAAAUCGAGUGCGAUGCCAGCAAAAAUGGGCUCGGAGGCGUCAUAAUGCAGAGUGACAAAGAGGAACUCGGAAUCCUUCAUGACAUUAUAGUGAAAGGCUGGCCCGAUACGCGAUCUGAAACGCCGUUUGAAACGAGACCGUACUGGGACUCGAGGGAUCAGCUAUCCGUGCUGGACAGUAUCGUUUACAAGGGACUACGAAUCGUCAUCCCGCCAAGUCUACGCGACAACAUGUUGAGGCUCGUACACAAAACUCACCUCGGGCUCGGUAAAAGCAAGCAGAGAGCUCGUGAAGUUAUGUACUGGCCAAGGAUGAACAGUGACAUUGACACUAUGGUAAGCAACUGCUCAGUGUGUGCAGAACAACAGAAUCAGCAACCAGCAGAGCCACUGAAGCCAACACUGACGCCAGAUCUGCCAUACGACAUGGUCGGUUGUGACGUUUUUCAGUUUCGGUCAGAGAAAUACUUGGUAAUUGUUGACUAUUAUUCUAAGUACAUUGACACUGAAAAGCUAGAAUCGGAGACAACUUCAGAUAUAACCAGUGCACUCAUGAAAGUGUUCAGCUCACACGGUAUUUCGAACACUCUCAGAUCUGACAACGGACCGCAAUUUAGUUCAAGACUUUCUGUGAGGAGCAUGGAAUCAUUCAUCAAACUUCCAGCCCACACUUUCAAAGCUCGAACGGGGAAGCCGAAAGAGCUGUACAGACUGUGA